AUGUCAUCCUCUGUUCACUUCAAGUUCAAAUCCCAGAAAGAGCCCUCCAGGGUAACUUUUGAUGGCACCGGUAUCUCUGCCUUCGAACUGAAACGAGAAAUUAUCAAUCAGAGUAGGCUGGGCGAUGGAACUGAUUUUGAGUUGUCCAUCUACAAUGAAGAUACCAGCGAGGAGUACGACGAUGAUACCACCAUUAUUCCCCGUUCCACUUCUGUCAUAGCUAGGAGGCUUCCUGCAACACGACCAGGGAAAGGAGGCGCUGCUCGUUACGUAUCAGGGAAAAUGCCUGUCAAUGCACGCAAUGCCUCCCGUAAUGACCAGUCUUUGUCGAGUCGAGCAAUCCCCAAUACUAGCCAUACAGUCAGCAGCAGUGUCUUAGAACUCAACAAUGCCCAAACCGAAGAUGAGAAGAUCAAUGCGCUUUUCAAUCUACAAGCUAAUCAAUGGAAAGAGCAGCAGCAGGAAAUGGCAAAUGCCACUCCUGUACCAUUUGGCCGUGGAAGAGGAAAACCUUUGAAUGUUCCCGAUCACCCGCCUCCUCCCGGGUAUCUCUGCUAUCGUUGCCGCGAAAAAGGUCACUGGAUCCAGGCAUGUCCGACAAACAAUGAUCCGAAAUUUGAUGGCAAAUAUAGAGUGAAACGGUCAACUGGAAUACCACGUUCUCUCCAAACGAAGGUUGAGAAGCCAGAAUCGCUCGCUUUGGAUGGCUCUUCUGAAGAUUUGAGGAAUACAGGCGUUAUGGUGAAUGCUGAUGGUGAUUUUGUCAUUGCCAAGCCAGACAAAGCGGCCUGGGAAUUGUAUCAAGAGAAGGCUAAGGCAUCUGCGGCGGCAGCGGCAGAGGCUGCCGCCGCCGAGUACAGCAGGGAAUUGCAGGCCCGCGGCCUAGAGUGUCCAAUUGACAAACGGAUGUUUUUAGAGCCCACAAAAACACCAUGCUGCCAGAGAACGUACUGCAAUGAUUGUAUCUCUAAUGCGUUGAUUGAAAGUGAUUUUGUUUGCCCUGGCUGCGCAACAGAAGGCGUUUUAUUGGAUAACCUCGCCGUUGAUGAUGAGGCCGUUACUAAAAUUAAAAAAUACGAGGCCGAAAAAGCAGAUUCGAAAAAGGAAAAGGAAAAGCAGCAAGUCAACCAAAAUAGUCAAGCCAUUGAUACAGAGCCAGAACCAGUCAACGAUCCUGUCACAAAGACUGCAUCCUCACCAUCAAUUUCAAUUGAAGAAUCUGCAUUUGUCCGUUCAAAGAAAAGACCGAUAGAGGAUGAAAGUGGCAACAAAGAUUCUGGGGAGUCAAGUCCAAGCUUAUCCGUGAAGAAGCAAAAGAGUGAGGAACAGCACCAGGCUUGCUCUGACCCAUCCACUACCCCGGCUAAAGAGCCUUCACCUGGCUUUCCUCCGCCUUUCAAUCAACAAAUUCCUUUUGGUGGUCUUGGUUUCAUGCAGCCCCAAGGGGGGGCAAUGCCUUUUCCUGAUUCUGGUUUCGCUAGCGAAAACAUGGGGUUCAUGAAUCCCAUGGGCUUGCCUUCUGCUGGCAGUUUUUCGAAUAACAUGGGGAAUACGUGGAAUCCGAUGGCCAUCAUGAACUUCAACCCGCUCCAGAAUGGAAUGUACGGUGAUCCUGUUAACGGAGCAGUCCCUAAUAGCUAUGGCGCAACCAAUAUGUAUAAUGGUGCUGGCGAGCCCGCAAUGAACAUGUUUUCCAUGGGUCAAAUGGGAGGACCAGUGCAACAAAAUCCGGGCUUCCAACAAGGACCAGGAAUAGGCCACUUUUCGAACCAACAGCGAACAACGUUCAGCACGCCUUUCGCUAGAGAAGAGGACACAGCAUAUUUUCGACAGCCAGUUAAUCCGCAACGGCAUCAAGCAAGACACCGAAGAGUAAGGCCGAGUGACUACCGAGAACUUUGA